AUGAGCAGGGAGAAUCGAGGUCAAACAUUUGAGAUAUGUGCACACAACCGAGUAGGACUACCUGGGAAAAUCCGUCAUGCUCUCUGGGCCUGUGCCGGUAAGGCAGGUAGAGUGGAGGUGAUUGUCCUUUUUGAUGAUCACAUCAUGAUCAAAAUACUCACGCGUAGUAGGGGCCUCUCGACAAUGCACAAAUAUCAGCGCCAGUUCGCCACUCCCCCACAUCCAUCCUCUAACAGUAUGACCGUAGUCUCAGACGACCCUAGUUGGUGGUUGUGGAUCACUUUGUGGUGCAUUUCCAGCUAUUUUGUAGUUGCUGCCUCUGCUGGAGUGACGUAUGAUUGGGCACUUACAUUUGGACAAGAGGUACAUUGA